UGAUCUUCGUUUUAAGAUAGAAGAUAUAAAAUUAACUCAAAGACAUAAUAAUGAAAUCAGACGUCUUUUAUGUGGAUUGGAACAUGAUCUCACCGACAUUAUCAUAGAAAAUGACAAUGAAAAUCAAGUAGGUAACACCGGAAGUCAAGGAACAAACCUCGGAGGUCAAAUAGGUAACACCGGAAGUCAAGGAACAAACCUCGGAGGUCAAAAACAAACCUCGGAAGCCAAGAAACAAACCUCAAAAGUCAAGAAACAAACCUCGGAAGUCAAGAAACAAACAUCGGAAGUUGAGGGAUAA